UCCAACUGGUCAGAAACACGAAGAAGAGCGCGCGCCGUGGCCGUCAUUGUUUUGGUCCUCCGCCCUGCUGCUUUCUGCAAAUCUGUUAAAGAGGAAUAAAUAUUCACGGAAAUCUUUUUGUUCUCCAAAAUCAGGUAGAGUAACUUGCAGGACGCUGUCAUCGUCUCUGUCUGCAGCUGCAUCAUCGGUACAGCCGGUCACCAUGACAACCAAGCGGGGACUCAUCACUGACUCCUUCAAGGUGGUGAAGAAAAAGAAGAGAGAAAGGAAGCAGGAGAAGAGCCCCACGCCGCCCCCCCCUCGGACAGAAAAUGUUGCAGACACCGUCCAGCAGGAGGCGCUGCAGAAGCUCAGAGACUUCGACUUGGAAUUGAGAUUUGGGCCGUGCACAGGGAUCAGUCGUCUGCAGAGGUGGGAGAGAGCAGAGCUGCACGGCCUGGACCCCCCCGAGGAGAUCAGGGAGCUGCUGCUGAAAGCCCCCGCCGACCCCGAGUACAGCCUGAGCCUGUGGAGCGAAUAUCCUUUGUGAGUCUGGAGGAGGAGGAGCCAAAGCCUGCAAAGUUCCACCUUUUUACGCCGUUUAUCAUCAUAAUGAUCAUGUUUCUGCAUCACAACACGUUCUGUUUUUAUGGACCGGUUCUGUUUUAUUAAACAGGUUCUGCUGAU